GGCAAUACGGCUUUGCAUUUUGCUGUCAAAUCAGGUCGUCCUGCCGUUGUGGAAAUGUUGCUACAUUCCAACAGCCUGAAUCCAAACGCACAAAACAAGAAAGGCAAAACAGCUCUAUCUAGUACAACGGAUCCGGAUAUGAUUAGUGUCCUUCUCCAAUCUGGCAAAGUCGACCCUAAUCUGUGUGACUUUUCUGGACAAACGCUGUUUCAUGAUAGUGUACAUGGUAUUUUAUCAAAAAGAAAUAGUAGCACUAUUUACAAAUUACUGUUUGAGUUGGAUGGGGUGAGCCCGGAUCCAAAAGAUGAAUCCGGCCGCACACCACUAUUCUUUGUAGCACUGUUUGACAAGGAGAUCAUUGUCAAGAUGCUGCUUGAGAUGGGAAAGGUUAAUCCUGAGUGUGAAGACUGCUUUGGUUGGACACCACUUCAGUGUGCUCAAAAGAAAGAGAAAAAAAAGGACACCAGGCUAUUG